UCAGUUGCGCGGACGGCCAACGAAUCCAGCAUGUUCGUCCCCCUGAGAUGGCUCCGCGAGACGCCCCGUCACCUGCUGGUGUGCGAGAGGAGCCACGUGCGGCACGAGCGCUCCCGCCACGCGUCUCACGUGCGGGACCACGCCUUCAACUGCCGGGUGUCCUUUUUGAUCCCUGAUUGUGGAAUAGUUCCAGAAGCAUUUAAAAGUGCAGUUGCAGGUCUUGGAGAGUACUACUUGGUGAAGAACUUGUCUCUUCAUGAGUUAGUAACCGAGGAAUUUAUUAACACAUUUGUGAAGAAAGGUUCAUGUUAUGCUCUUACAUAUAAUACAAGAAUUGAUCAAGACAAUACUGCUGCUUUGCUACCAACAGGCAAACUAAUUUUAUCAGUGGACAAAGACACUUAUGAAGAACUUGGUUUGCAAGGCCAUCCAUCUCGGUAUUCUGGUAAAAAACCAAUGAGAUACAUUAUUACUCUUGACUUGUCUGAAUCUACUUUUGGUCCUGAUAGUAAGAAACAUAAGAGAAUAAUCUGGGCUCUGAAAGAAAAAAAACCUCUAGAGUUUGAUUUCCUGCUGGCUUGGCACCACACAGGAUCAGAAGAAUCAAUAUUGAUGUCUUAUUUCUCCAAAAACCAAAUACAGGCCUUGCAGCCAAAAGUAACAUUCAGCACGUUAAGAAAUGUGCAGUGUCCGGUACUGGACAAUAAUAAACUGAAAGGAGAGCCAGAAGCAGCAUGCAGUGCACAGGAAUUCUUUGAAUGGCUAGGUGCCAUUCUCAGUUGUGUUGGCUUAGAAAACACGCCUUCUAGUUUCUUAUCAACCUAUUCAUGCCCUCAGCCAAGCACAUUUGUUGAACAAGUUUUGUUGUGCACGAUAACUGGCUUUAUCCUUCCAGAGAAGAUCAUUUGUUUAUUGGAACAAAUAUGUUGCUAUUUUGAAGAACCAAAGCUGGCUCAUUGGAUCUCUCUGGUAGUUCAUGGCUUUGCUGACAGCCCUGUUUCAUGGAGAGAAUGCGAACAUGGUUUCCUGAAAGGAGGAGAGAAUUUAUAUAACUUGGUCAUUUUUCGGAGCCUGGACUACUGGCUCCAAAUGGCAGUUGGAGCACAUGAUGACUGCCCAUAAGUAUUGGACAGGAAAGCAUAUAAGAAUGUUAUGUUAAAUAGACAAAGAAGGACAGUUUGUUACUGUUUUUAAAAAGUGGAUGAGAUUGUUCAAAAGUACCUGAAGGGAAAUAAUAUGGAGCUUCAUGAUUUUUAAAAUACAUUUAUUUCAGAAGAGUUCUUUUUUCAAAGCUUCUGAUUGUUUCUUUUUUAAUAGUUAAAAUUUGAGGUUUCUCUUUUUUUAAUCCCUCAAAGUUCAAAAGUACUGACAAUGCAGAACCAGGAAAAAAAGGGAAAUGAUCACUGUAAAUACAAUACAAAACUGUAUUUUUCCAUUCCAGUAGUUGUAAGCCAAACCAAAAACAGCUAUUAAAAGAACUCAUGACAAUGUCCACCCCACCCCCUUGGCAAUCAAAUAGUAAUCAUCAAUAGGGGUACAUUGCAAAAAGUGCAGUUAUUCUGUUUUGGGGAUACAUAUUUAUUAAAAAAUGCUGUUUCUAAUAAUUUGUUUUCAUCUGUUACCUGCAUUAUAGAUGAAAAAAUUACAUGUUUGGGGUGGAUAAUUGUGUAAAUAAUUUAAUCUGUAAA